AUUUGUGAUGAUAGAUCUUGAGAAGAUCUUUCCGACGCAACAAGAAUCGCUUCAAUCGGAGCAAGAACGCGAAAGCUAUGAAGAUUCAAAGUUCAUGAGCUUGCGUUACAAUUGCGGCGGUUACAAAGUGAAGUUGUGGGGUGACUUUAUAUGGAGUUGGGACCUUUGGGGUUGGGGAAAUUUGUCACUCUACUGUAACAGCUGCAAAUUGGUUGGGAACAACCAAGCUAGGUUGGCAAGGGUGGCCAACUUGGAUGGAUUGGUUGGGAAGGGACAAAUGUCAAAAUUGGGGUUCCUAUAGGGGGGGAAUCUUUGGGAAACUCUGCCGAAAUUUCGUGGACGCCGAUACUUGUGAAAAUAUCGAGGGAGCUGAGUGUGGACAGCAAAGGGGAGCUGAAACUCGUCAUUUCUCAAGGAGAAGAUGAAUGAGAGAGGAGGAGAUGCUAAUGGGAGAGGAGCUGUACCUGAAAAGACAACAAGAUCAAUGGACACCUGAGUGGCUAAGGCAGCAGAUUCUGCAGGAGGACUUCCGCAGACGCCAUGUGGGAGGUGGUGCUUCCACUAAGACUGCUGAGGGGUAUGGAGCUGCAGGGCGCGGCAGAGGAAGAGGGGGUUGGAGAGGCCGAGGCCGUGGGAGGAGCUUUGGCAGAGGUAGUGGCCGAGGUGACUAUAAUGAGGGGCAUGGGAGCUCUAGUGGCAAGGGGAGUACCAGAAUGGAGGGCACCUGCUGGUACUGCAAGAAGCAGAAUGGCGUGGCUGAGAGGUUCAACAGGACCCUGCAGGAGGGGGCACGCACUCUCCUUGGGCGUGCAGGGCUGCCUGAUCCGUUUUGGGUGUCUGCACUGAGGCAGGUCGCCCUUGUGAAGAAUAGGGUGCUGGCUACAGAUCACAAGGGAUGGCUGCUAUGGGACUUGACCAUCCAGAAGCUGACAGUGUCAAGGGAUGUGAAGUUUCUUGAGUCCCUGUACUAUAAGGAAUGGAAGCAGCAGCAACAGAAGCUUCCAUCUACACCACUCAUUGUGGAGGCAGAUGAGUUGCAGCAGCCUUCAAGGCAGGUGGAGGUUGCAGUGUCUGAGGAGGAGAUGUCUGGGGUGACUGAAGAAGGGGGAGCAGCUGAAUGGAAGGCGAGUGAGGAUGAGGAGUUCGGGUCCCUGAUUGAAAACGAGACAUGGGACCUGUGUGACUUGCCUCCUGGGAAGAAGGCAAUCACUUCCAAGAUGAUCUACAGGCACAAGUAUGGACCUGAAGGGGAGCUGACCCGCUACAAGUCUAGGCUUGUGGCAAGGGGGUUUCAGCAGACAAAGGGGAAGGACUAUGAUGAGGUGUUUGCUCCUGUGGGGAAAGGAACAACACUGAGGGUGCUGUUGGCGAUAGCUGCACUCCUGGGAUGGAAGAUACGGCAGAUGGACAUUGUGACUGCCUUUCUGAAUGGGAUCAUUAUGGAGGAGGUGUACAUGAAGCAGCCAGAGGGGCUGGAUGAUGGGAGCGGCAGGGUCUGCAGGCUGAAGAAGGCCAUCUAUGGCCUUAAGCAGGCGCCUCGUGCAUGGUAUCACAAGUUGGAGGAGGCGCUGUUGGCUGGGGGUUUCAAGAAGAGUGAGUGUGACCCCAGCCUGUUCCUGCUGCAGGAGAAGGAUGAAAUCCUCAUGCUCUUGGUGUACGUGGAUGAUAUCCUUCUCUUUUCUGCAUCCACUGCUUUGCUGGACAGCGCAGAGCAGAUGCUGGAGAUGCAGUUCAAGUGCUCCAAGAUGGGUGAGGCCUGAAUUUUAGGGGUUGUCAUUUGAGCAGGCCUGAAAUAUUGUAUGUUCUUGUUUUGGU